UGAGUGUCGAUUCCUGGGUGUCUUAUUUUCAUCAGUAGUCAUCCUGGUUAUUCAGCUACGUUUUUACAAAUAAAUCGCAAGCAAUAUGGGACGUGUUAUCCGUGGCCAGCGUAAAGGUCCGGGGUCCAUCUUCAAGGCCCACACAAAACACAGGAAAGGUGCUGCAAGGCUCCGCUCAUUGGAUUAUGCUGAGCGAAUGGGUUAUCUUAAAGGUGUAGUGACGGAAAUCCUUCAUGAUCCUGGUCGUGGUGCUCCAUUAUGUAGAGUGAUGUUCCGUGAUCCAUACAGGUAUAAGAAAAGGGUAGAAACAUUCAUUGCUGCUGAGGGCAUGUACACAGGCCAGUUUAUUUAUUGUGGCAAAAAAGCAUCUCUUCAAAUUGGUAAUGUGCUGCCAGUUUCUCAAAUGCCAGAAGGAACAAUUGUUUGUAAUGUUGAAGAAAAGACAGGUGAUCGUGGUAAACUUGCCAGAGCAUCUGGCAACUAUGCCACGGUAGUGUCCCAUAAUCCCGAUACCAGAAAAUCACGAGUCAAGCUACCAUCCGGAGCUAAAAAAGUUAUCUCCUCAUCUAACAGAGCAAUGGUUGGUAUUGUUGCUGGUGGUGGUCGUAUUGACAAACCAUUGCUGAAGGCAGGCCGUGCAUAUUUCAAAUACAAGGCAAAGAGAAACUGUUGGCCACGUGUGCGUGGUGUGGCUAUGAACCCUGUUGAACAUCCCCAUGGUGGUGGUAACCAUCAACAUAUUGGUAAACCAUCGACAAUAAGAAGAGAUGCAUCUGCUGGUCGUAAGGUUGGUCUCAUUGCUGCUCGCCGUACAGGUCGACUCCGUGGAGCAAAGAAAAUAAAAGACAAAGAAUAAUAACCUGGACAUGUAAUUUGUUUUUAAGAUUAAAAAAACAUUUACUUGUACGCAAAA